AUGGUGUUUAUGGUGAGUGAAGACAGUGACACGUCUGAAGUACCAGUGGCGCUCAUCGACACCGGUUGCACAAGAUGUAUGCACGGCAAGCACUGGCGGGAGCUGUUCGAGGAGAGGUGCCUGCAUCCCCGCGGCCUCGAGAUCACGGUGACGGAACGCGUGAGGAGCUUCUCCUCGGCCUUCGGCAAGAGGCAGGAGGGGCGCGUGGUCGAGAUCCCGGUCGCCCUUGGCGGCCGCGGGGUGAUCUUCAGCACGGAGAUGGAGGAUUGCGACACCCCGCUCCUGGUCAGCCUGGCGUCGCAGGAGGCGCUGGGGGCCGUGCUCCACUUGAAGGAGAUGCGGAUGGAGCUGCAGACGCUCGCCGUGGACGUGCAGCUGCUCAAGGUGGGCGGUCACUUGGCAGUGCGACUUGAUGACUGGGGAGACGAUGAUGGUCACCGAUCGGCAGCAGCUUCGAGUUCAGGACCAGCGACGGCGAUCUCAAAGAAUAGGGACUCGGAGUUCUUCUACGCGCAGGCGCAGAAGGAGUCGGUCUUCGAGGAGUCCGACGGCGAGGAGAUCCGAGUCGAGGAGGAGGUUGGCCACGCCUUCCUGUCGAAGGAUCGCGGUGUGCUGGCCACCGACGCGACAGGGAUCCUCUCCAAGACGACUCGGAAGAAGCUCGAGUCCACCUGGCGUGAGCUUCGUGGGGAGGAUCGACGACUACGAGAGGAGCUGCUUCGACCGAGGUUCGAGGCGGAGCGUUUCGUGACCGCCGACUUCCAGACUACGGUGGUGUUCGAGCCGUUCGGUGGGGAGCACAUCCUGAUGCGCUACGGUGCAAAGGAGUACGGAUGGAUGCAGUCUCAGCCGCUGGAUGUGGACCACUCUCCCGACUAUGACUUGCUCAAGGGCCCUGGACGGGCCUUACUCUACAGGAUCCUCGACCUGCACUGGCCUUACAUCACAGUGUUGGCCUUUCCCUGUCAUCCGUGGUCUUUGAUGACUAACAUGAACAAGCUCGUCGACUGGGAUGAAGGUAUCUCGGUGUGUGCAUGCGAGAGGACGGUAUUUCUUGAUAGAGCAGCCUUUGACAGCACUUCCUGGGAGUAUGAUGGCAUCCUGAUACGCUUGUGGGAUUUGGAAGGUGUUGCAUUUGUGCGCGGAGAUCAGUGUGCCUACGGAGCCUGCGACAAGGACACGGGCAAGCCGAUCAAGAAGCCGACGGGGUGGCUCACGAACAGCGCGGCGGUGGCGAACCACCUGAGCAAGCGCUGUGCCUGUCCGCCCGGCGCCCACCAGCAGCUGCUCGGGAGGAACUCGGGUGGCUAUCGGGCGCAGCAGGCGGCGGCCUACCCCGUGGGCCUCGCGAAGGCCUUCUGUCGCGGUGUGCUCCAGCAGAUGCAGAUCGACUACCGCAGCUCGCUGGUCAUGGAUGCGGCCUUCCCAGUGGAGGAUGCUUUCCCUCACGAGCGUCCGCGAUCGCGGAGCCCGCCGCGGGGAGAGCCUGUGCCAGAGGAGGUACACCAGGAGGGCCCGCCUCUCGGAGAGGACGCGCCGCCUGCCGAGGCGGCGGCGGAGGCCCCAGAGGCACCGGCCGAGGUGCCCGUGAGGCCCAGGCGCGGCCGAGCGCCUGCUCGCCGCGAGCGCGGCGUGCCUCCUGGCGGACGCCCGCUGGGCUUCCGCCGGGGACGGCGUACGCAGUACGGCGAGUUCGAGCUGCUGACGGUGGAACUGUGCGCUGAGCUGGACACGUUUCGGAGUUGGCAUAGGAGGUUUCUGGAGAAGAUGGGCGAGGAUAUCGAGACGAUCAUCUGGGGCUCGGACCUCUUCCUGGAGGAGCUGGGAGGAGUCAUCAGCGAGCCGCUGAAGAUGGUGAAGGCUAGACGCGGGGGUCAGCGGCUCCAGACGGCGCAGCCGCAGCUGCACGCCGCGGACGCCCCGCUCAGGAUGGUCACGACGCUCAAGGGCGACCAGCUCUUCAGGCUAGACUUCGAGGACUGGUCGCAGCAGUCACUGCAAGCACGACGGCGCUGGUUGCCACGACAUCUACUCGAGAACGACGUGGUGGUCUUCUACUUCGCGGGCUACGAACGGGGCGACCUGCCCGAGGGGCCGGCUGCGGCACAGCAGCGGGACGCCUCACGGGAGAGGAAGCGACGUUGGGAGAUGUUGCCGAGAGCCGUCAAGAGGGCGAUCGAGAGGGUGCACGUGAACCUCGGGCACCCCUCGCGGCCAGCGCUGCUCAGGGCGUUGCGCCUGGGCAAGGCAACGGCGCUGGCGCUGAAGGCAGCGAGGCUGUUCGUCUGUGAGAGCUGCCGGCGAGUGCAGCGACCCAGCAUCCCACGUCCGAGUCAGCUUCCGAGGGUCGACGAGUUUAACGUGCUGCUCGCGAUGGACUGCUUCGAGAACGUCGACAGCGCCGGCAACAACUGGGAGUUCCUUGGCAUCAUGUGUAUGGGGACGAACUUCCACGUGGUUUGCCUGCUGGAGGACACUCACAAGAACCCCAAGGCCUCGGAGGUUAGGAAGUUCUACGAGCUCUGCUGGGUCUCCUGGGCUGGCCAGCCGGAGGAGGCGAUCAUGGUGGACCGCGCGCGGUCCUUUCUGGGCGAGUUCGCGGAUUACCUGGAACAGGAGGGCGUGCGCCUGGACACGGCCGCUCUGGCCUCGCCGUGGCACAUCGGCAAGAUGGAGCGCCACGAUGGCAUCUGGAACUCGAUGCUCACGAGGGUGGUGCACGACAAGCAGGUGGCGGGCCUUGAGGAGAUGAGGACGGCAGUGACGGAGUGCAACAGGGCCAAGAACACGCUGGCCCGACGGGCUGGCUUCAGCCCCUACCUCUGGGUCCUCGGCCGGGAUGUUCGUCUACCGGCGAGCCUCGCGGACGACGCCGAGGUGGAGCGUGUGGGCGAGCAGGUGGCAGCUGCUACGCCGGGCUCGCGUUUUGCCCGCAAGGUGGAGAUCAGGACCCAGUGCCGGAUGGCUUUCAUCCAGACCGACACGGAGGAUCGACUUCGACGAGCGGAGCUUCGACAGAUACGACCGACGAGAGGACCGUUCGUUGUCGGCCAGUGGAUGCUUUUCUACGACCAAGCGCAGCCAGCCAAGCAUCGGCCUGAGCAUCCAGACAACUGGCGAGGGCUGGCGCGCGUGAUCGGACAUGAGGGACGGCAUGGAGUGUGGCUUGCUUUCCGUGGCCUCACCGUGCUCGCGAGCCCGGAGCACCUGGCUGCAGCGACUGGCCACGAGAUCCAUGCCUGGAGAUCAAUUGCGCAGGAGCAGGAGUUGGUGCUCGAUGCGCCCGUCAGCGGUGGCAGCGGCUUCGUGGACCUGCGAGGCCGGCCCAAGCCCCCCGCCGCGGCGGGGCAGGAGCCCGCUGAGCAGGGCGACGAGAGCGGCAUGGACGUCGGGCCGCGGGCGGAGGUGCCGGAGGAGCAGCAGCCUGCCUCGGCUCCGCCUGAGCCGGAGGCGCCUCCGGCCCCGCCUGAGGCGGAGGCUCCCCGCGCGGCUCCAGCCGCGCCCGAGCCACCCGCGGCCCCAGCCCCAGCUGUGGGGGCUGAGGACGUGCCCGUGCCGCCCGACCUGGACUUCGACGCGAUGGAGUUCGACGCGGCGAUGCAGGAGAUCAUGAGGGACGACGGCGACGACGACUGGCACCCCGACUCCCACGGGGUGCACACGGAGCCCGAGCCGGGGGCCUCUCGGCAUCGGCGUCCUGGGAGUCUCCUGGAGGAAGAGGAGACUGAGGAGCGCCGCGAGCGGGAGGCCAAGCGACGGCGCCUGCUGGACGAUGUCCCUGUCUCGAUCCGACAGGGGACUGCAGGAUCCAGCCUCUCGGCGCCUGCCGAUUCGGCUAAGUUCGUGCUGGACAAUGACCUGGAUGAGUUCAUGGAGGCCGGCUUGGAGACGUACCAGCAGGACGAGGCUUUCUUUAUCCAGGAGGGCAUCGGCAAGGAGGAGUUCAUCUUCGGGCUGAUACGGAAUGAGUUCGAGCACGCUUUCCUGACGAAGAAGCCUGGGAGGAAGGAGAUCAAGCUCGGCAGCUUGCCUGAGGAGCAACGCCGGAUGUUCAUGGAUCGAGGUGGCAGCCGUGAUGCAGAGUGGCGAUCCUGGCAGGACUUUGACGCGGCAGAGCCGAUCCCGCCGGAUGAGAGCGAGGCGCUCCGCGCGGACAAGGCCAACAUCAUCAUCCCGAUGCGCUGGGUGGAUACCGACAAGAACGACGGUAAGUACGAUGAGGCCGGAGCCCCUCUGCCGCUGCUCGCGAAGAGUCGCCUGGUCGUGGUGGGCUUUCGCGACCGCUUGCUGGGUAUGUUCAGGCGGGACGCUCCCACUGCCUCACGGCUGGCGGAGGCGCUGCUCCUGACACUGGCGGCGGCUAUGGGCAUGAUCCUCUCCCUGGGCGACGUCAAGAACGCCUACUUCAAUGGGCAGAACCUGGAGCGCGAGGUCUACCUGGAGCAGCCUCGAGGAGGCCUGCCUGGCCUUGCCCCGGGCCAGUUGCCGAGGGCCCGCAAGGCCAUCUACGGCUUCGCGGAGGCAGCAAGGCUAUUCUGGCUAGCGCUGCGUGACGCCUUGCUGUCCGACGGCUGGCUUCAGUCGCGCCUGGAGCCGGCGCUCUUCUACAAGCGCGUGGACGGGCAGCUGAAGGGCAUCGCGGUCUCGCACGUUGACGACGUGCUGGUGGCGAGGAUGAAGGACAUGCAGCUGUCGGACCUCUUGCCGAAGGUCCUGGGUACGUUCCAGUGGAAGUGGAGCGAGCUGCCCUUCACCUUCCGCGGCCGUGAGCUUUCGAGUGAUCCGAGAGGUUUUCUGGUUAAGAUGGUGAACUACGCAACUUCCCUCAAGCCGAUCAAGAUCCCAGCAGGUCGAAGGAAGCAGCUGCAGGAGGACUUGAACGAGGAUGAGGCGAAGGAGCUGCUGAGGGUAUCUGGUGAGAUCGGCUGGCUAGGUCGACAGUGCCGACUCGACCUGGCCUUCCUCUCGGGCGAGCUGCAGAGGGCCCGAGCUGCCCCGUGUGUGGCGGACCUGGUGAAGGCGAACCUGGCGGUGUCUGAGGCCAAGAAGGGCGCUGAGGUCGCGCUGGUCUACCCGGCCAACUUGAGGCUGUCCAGCGCUGUGAUUGGCGCGGCCGUGGACGCGGGUCACGCGAACGGCCCCGAGCACGACGACAUCGAGCGCUACAAGAGUUGCGGUGGCCACGUGGUGCUCCUCACGACCGACGGCAUCCUGGCCGGACACCAGGCACCGGUGGCAGUGCUGGACUGGAAGAGUGGCAUGACGCAGCGUGUGUGCCGCUCAACCUUGGCAGCGGAGGCCAGUCACCUGGCGGACGCAGUGGAGGCCGUCGACUGGGCGGCAGUGCUGUUCAGAGAGGCGAUGAACGUCUCGGUGGAUUUGCUCAACUGGCAGGGGGAGGUGCAGCGGCUUCCCCGCUUUUGGGCGACAGACGCAAAGUCCGUCUACGACCACCUCACAAAGGAGGGCUCGACCAAGAGCAAGGACAAGAGGAUGGCGAUCGAGGGCGCCUUGCUCAGAGAGAUGCUGCGCUGCGAGAACACCCACCUCAGGUGGAUCGACGGCUCGCAGAACAUCGCAGAUGUGCUGACGAAGCUGGGGGUGGACAAGGUCUACCUCUACAAGGUGCUGCGGGAGGCCAAGUGGAGCCUGGUGCAGGAUCCGGCGGCGGCGGCGAUCAAGAUGAAGAAGAGUAUGCAGCGUGCUAGCCGCAAGACCGCCAUCGACACUAGGAAGACGGAGAAGAGGCAGAAGGACAAACUCGUGAGAGCGAAUGAGAUGCGGGACAUCGCAGAUUGA